CCCAGGGAGCUGCGCGGCUGGUCCCGGCGCGGUUUCACCUUCCCGCGGGCGGCUCAAGUUCCCGGAUCCGCUUACGCCCGGCUCGGCUGUCGCCGGCCCGGGGCGGGAGGCGCAGGACGCGGCGAACCCCGCGCGCCAUGGACAGCGCUGCGCCCCGCGAGCCCGGGGCCACCGAGCCCCCCGCCCGCGCGCGCCCGCGCCUGGUGUUCCGCACGCAGCUGGCGCACGGCAGCCCCACGGGCAGGAUCGAGGGCUUCACCAACGUCCGCGAGCUCUAUGCCAAGAUCGCCGAGGCCUUCGGCAUUGCGCCCACCGAGAUCCUGUUCUGUACCCUCAAUAGUCACAAAGUGGACAUGCAGAAGUUGCUUGGGGGGCAGAUCGGACUGGAAGACUUCAUCUUUGCACACGUGCGUGGAGAGACCAAAGAGGUGGAGGUCACCAAAACAGAGGAUGCUCUAGGACUGACCAUCACGGACAAUGGGGCCGGAUACGCCUUCAUCAAGGUGCCUAGAAUCAAGGAAGGCAGCAUCAUCAACAGGAUCGAGGCAGUGUGCGUGGGAGACAGCAUAGAGGCCAUCAACGACCACUCCAUUGUGGGCUGCCGGCACUACGAGGUGGCCAAAAUGCUGCGGGAGCUGCCCAAGUCCCAGCCCUUCACCCUGCGCCUGGUGCAGCCCCGAAGAGCCUUUGACAUGAUUGGCCAGAGAAACAGGAGCAGCAAGUGUCCCGUGGAAGCCAAAGUGAGCAGCGGGAGGGAGACACUGCGCCUGCGCUCUGGGGGCGCUGCUACCGUGGAGGAAGCGCCCAACGACUUGGAGGUGGCGGCGGCGCGCAGGGUGGAUGACCUGCUGGAGAGCUAUAUGGGCAUCCGGGACCCCGAGCUGGCAGCUGCAGUGGUGGAGACUGCCCGGAGCGCAGCGGGAGCCCAGGCCUUCGCACGAGGCCUGGACGCCGUUCUGGGCGAGUUCGCCUUCCCGGACGAGUUCGUAGUAGAGGUGUGGGCAGCCAUCGGCGAGGCCCAGGACGCCUGUGGCUAGCAUGUGCG